AUGAAUUCCAUUCAAAAUGCAAGUAAUGGAAAUAAUAAAGCUUUGCUCAAUUCUAACAAGGACCAUUCCCUGCAAUCACGUACCCCAAAGAAGAAGCCACAAUCGCCCUUCAAAAGCAUCAGAAAUACCCUUCUUUUGCGUAACAAUAAGGGGAAAAAGUUGGAUGCAGAUAGCCAGACGUUGAAAUACACCGGCGAUGCUAAAAUACGAAAGGCCAAAUUUGACGAUUCUGUUCGAGAUUUAGAAAGAGAGCGGAAGAACCAACGAUUAUCCGCCCAGAGAGUGACUCUUUUCAAGUAUGACCAUGUUAAGGUUAUGAAUUUCACAAUUUACAAACAAAGAAGCAACUCGGGAUCAUCAACGUCAACUUUGAGUUCACAAUCGAGCGUAAUAAAAAGAAUAAAUCCACAAGACGAUCCUGUAAACAAAAACUCUAAGAGGGCCACCUGUUUAGUUUCCAAUGGUCCUCUGGAAAUAUAUCAAAUCAUUACACAAAAUAUCAAUGCCCCCCCUCAAAAGAUGACUUAUCUAUGCCUUGGGCGUAAAGGUAAUAUUGUGCAUCCUAUCUUACCGAAGUUACAGAUAACGAGGUUAGGCUGCAAGGAGUUAAAGUUCUUGAUUUUUCUAUUCAACCCAGAAAGAUAUUGGGAAAUUGAAUUUCUGCCGCCUGCUGCAAAUGAAGCCUUUCCAUAUCAGAUUGAAAAAGACUUCGAAACCGUUGUUCAGACCAUUUGCCAGUAUAAAAAUGACGGACAGAGUGAGGAAAUCGUGAGUGAGAUGGAAAAAAAAGAGGUUAAUGAUCUUCAAUAUUUAUUGGAUGACAUCGACUCUGAUGAAGACAGUGUCUUCGAUGAAAUGCAAGAUGAAACAAGUGCAGAAACAUUGAUCAACGCUGCAUUUAGAAAUGCUAUAAGAAAUAUCACUUUGCAUGAAAAUAAAGAGUCUCACUCUCCCCUCAUCAAAAGGUACAGCUCUUACUACGGUUUACCGUCUCCUUCAUUGGUUGCCAAUCAAAAUAGGCGAUCCCUCUCAGUUCCUUUUGAGUUCCCCUCCAGGAGAUCAAAUAAUUUCCAAAUAGAACGCUCUGUUUUCGAUGGAGGCUGGAUGGAUAUCAGCUUCGAAGACGUCUAUAAAAAGACUUGA